UUGAAACUCAGGAAAAAAAAAAGGUUAGUAAGGUAGCAUCCUCAGUGUUGCUAAUUUUACUUCCCCAAAAAUCCUCAAAAACGAGUAAAGUGGUCAAACCUUAUAAAUGGCUCCAGGAGUUUCGGUGGACGUAUUUUCGGGUUCCGGCAAGGUAUCAAGCUUGAGCACAGGCUACUCAAAAAGGGCAUACGUCACGUUUUUAGCUGGUGAUGGAGAUUAUGUGAAAGGAGUGGUUGGAUUGGCUAAAGGUUUAAGGAAAGUGAAAAGUGCAUACCCUCUUGUUGUUGCAAUAUUAGGUGAUGUUCCUGAUGAACAUCGCCAAAUCUUGGAGUCUCAAGGUUGCAUUGUUCGUGAGAUUGACCCUAUUUAUCCACCAGAAAAUCAUAUUCAAUUUGCUCAUGCCUAUUAUGUCAUUAACUACUCCAAACUCAGGAUUUGGAAUUUUGAGGAGUACAGCAAGAUGAUAUACUUGGAUGCCGAUAUCCAAGUGUUCGAGAAUAUAGAUCAUCUUUUUGACACUCCAGAUGGUUACUUUUAUGCUGUUAUGGAUUGCUUUUGUGAGAAAGUAUGGAACUAUUCCCUUCAGUACAAAAUUGGAUACUGUCAACAGUGCCCUGAUAGAGUUCCGUGGCCGGCGGAUAUGGGCUCUCCUCCUCCUCUCUACUUCAACGCCGGAAUGUUUGUUUUCGAGCCCAGCCGCUUGACUUAUGAAAACCUCCUUCACUCUCUCAAGAUCACCCCUCCAACUCCAUUUGCAGAACAAGAUUUUUUGAAUAUGUUCUUUGAAAAGACAUACAAGCCACUUCCUCCAGUUUACAACCUGGUUUUGGCCAUGUUAUGGCGUCAUCCUGAGAAUGUGGAGUUUGAGAAGGUUAAGGUUGUCCAUUACUGCGCUGCUGGUUCAAAACCAUGGAGGUACACCGGAAAGGAAGUAAACAUGGACAGGGAAGACAUCAAGACACUAGUGAAAAAAUGGUGGGAUAUAUACAACGACGAGUCGCUUGAUUUGAGGGCUGAAAACUCAGUACAAACAGGAGAAGAAACUUUCUCAAGAACAUCUAUCAUGGCUUCCAUGCCUGAGCCUGCCAUUGCCUAUAUCCCUGCACCUUCUGCUGCUUGAAAAAUCAUCUUACUCUCUCUCUUCCUCUAUAUAAUAUAUAUUAUUAUAUAUAUAUAUAUAUUUCAAUUGUUUGGAUCGUAUU